GAUGCUUUCCGAGUUUGCCGGGCCAAGGGUCUUUGUUACCGGCUGCCGGUGUUUUAUUUUGCCUUCCUCUCGUGCUUGGUGUGGUAUGUGGAACAUAACGAAACAAUACUCUGGUUGUUCUUCUUUGCCAGUGGUUGCUGCUCAUCCAUGAAUCAGACAUGGUAGUUGCCUCUUUUUCCCCUCUCGCUUUCUUGUUUUCUUUUCGUCGGUGGUUUGGAGACCACAAGAAAAGAAAAUGAAUGACUGAUUCCUGCUCCCCACAUAACUUGUUAAUGCCAUCCCAACUCAUAGCCGCAUUCCCACACUCACUCGUCAGGCGAGGGAAAACGAAGAACAAGGCAAAAGCACAGUAAGCAAGGCAAGCAAAUAGGCAAGCAGGCAUAGGUAACGCGAUUUCAUCUGGUUUCAUCCCCUCCCCUCCCCAUAUCCGCUCCUUUUGCCCCCCAAACCUGUGUUUC